GUGGAGUAGAGUAGGCCAGGAGAAACUGGGCCAGGCUGCACUUUUAGCUCGAGGGGCCUCGAGGACUCUUCGCGUCUCUGGAGACAAGGGCACUACACGCACUUCAUAAUGAAGAGUUUGGAAUGUUCCAUUGCCCCUCCAGUCCUGGGCCUGCGUUACAGGGGACGCGGGCACGGUUGCCAGGGAAAGCCCCGGACGUGACGGCGAAGCGCGACCCCUAGCAGCCUCCCCUCUCCCAUCCGUCAUUCCCCUGCGCGAGCUCUCUUCACACCCUUCCCCUCCCCCCACCUUGCGGGUUCCAGUCUAGGGAGAAGUAAACAGCUGGCGGAGCCAGGCUCACGGACCUAGGCCAGGUGGGAGCUUGCAUUCUCCAGAAGCCUGCGCUGCUGCUCGGGGGUCUUUCUUGCAAAACCCAGGGUCGUGCAUGGCUGGGAUGAUGCAUUAAGAAGAUCCUCGGCCUAGGGACCGAGUCCCCGUAGAGUUGGGGGCGGGGCUUCGGGUGCGCGUCCGUGCGUCAAUGUGUAGGGGUGUGUGUUUCCCCACAACCUUGAAGUAAGUUAAAAGUAGGCUGUUUUGUGACCUGAACCUAGUGUGAGCACCGGCGGGGAGGGGGCUCUUGAUGCCAGGCGUCUGCUUCGAGGGGAGGGUGUGUUGUCAUCUCUCUCACAGGCCCUCAUCGCCCCCUUCUCAGGCGGGAGCAUGCUGGGGCUCAGGGGGCUGCGGCUGCCCCCGGCGGGGAUCCUGCUCCUGUUGCCGUUCCUGCCGCUGCUGCUGCUGCCCGCAGCCCCCGCGCCCCAUCGCGCUCCCUACAAGCCGGUCAUCGUGGUGCACGGGCUCUUUGACAGCUCGUACAGCUUCCGCCACCUGCUGGAAUAUAUCAACGAGACACACCCCGGGACUGUGGUGACAGUGCUCGAUCUCUUCGAUGGGAGAGAGAGCUUGCGACCCUUGUGGGAACAGGUGCAAGGGUUCGGAGAGGCUGUGGCCCCCAUCAUGGCAAAGGCCCCUCAAGGGGUGCAUCUCAUCUGCUACUCGCAGGGGGGCCUGGUGUGCCGGGCGCUGCUCUCUGUCAUGGAUGAGCACAAUGUGGAUUCUUUCAUCUCUCUCUCCUCUCCACAAAUGGGACAGUAUGGAGAUACAGACUAUUUGAAGUGGCUCUUCCCUACCUCUAUGAGGUCUAACCUCUAUCGGAUCUGCUAUAGCCCCUGGGGCCAGGAAUUCUCCAUCUGCAACUACUGGCACGACCCCCACCACGAUGACUUGUACCUCAACGCCAGCAGCUUUCUGGCCCUGAUCAAUGGGGAAAGAGAUCAUCCCAAUGCCACUGCAUGGAGGAAGAACUUUCUUCGUGUGGGCCGCCUGGUGCUGAUUGGGGGCCCUGAUGAUGGUGUUAUUACCCCCUGGCAGUCCAGCUUCUUUGGUUUCUAUGAUGCAAAUGAGACGGUCUUGGAGAUGGAGGAGCAACUGGUUUAUCUGCGGGAUUCUUUUGGGUUGAAGACUCUCUUGGCUCGGGGAGCCAUAGUGAGGUGUCCGAUGGCUGGGAUCUCCCAUACGGCCUGGCACUCCAACCGUACCCUUUAUGAGACCUGCAUUGAACCUUGGCUCUCCUGAGGAUGUCCUCAGGGAUCCCUCAGGAACUUCCCAGCCCAGAGACCAAGCGGUGGCCUUGGAAAGCAGAUGUGAGCUCCGGUGUGCCUGCAACCACCCCAUUGCUCCCACACUGCCCCCACCAACCAGGGCUCCCAGGACUCCUUUCCUGUGCUCCUCUGUAGAUGACAAAUCCUGGUCUCCCCCAACCUCAUGUUUGGGGUUUGCUCCACGCGCUCUCACUCUCCCGAGGCCGGGAAGAGAGAAACCAGGUUUUUAUCUCGUGGCUGCUCCUGCUGCUGUGGCUGCUCUGUCUCUGGCUGUAUAGGAGAACCCAGCCCCUGCCCACUACAGGGGUCUCCUUCUAGGCCACUCAGGACAUUUUUAGCUCCUGUUCUCCCCAUGUUCCCUUUUUCUCAGCCCUCCCAACUCCCAGGAAGGACUACCCAUGAGAGUGGGGUUCUGAGGCUCCCCUAUGGGGACAGUUCCGUUCUUGAAAUGUCAGUGUUGGGGAAUAUCUAUGGCCUGUGAGGCCCAUCUCAGGUUUGGGGAUCCCCCAGUCCCUCUGUUCAGUGUUGGGGUACCCCCUGGGAGCCUAGUGUCUUUGAGGCCCCAGCCCCUUUUAGCUACCAUUGAAUGGGUGUUAACCCUGUAUUUAUGGAAAUAAAAGUCCAUUUCCUCA